UCCUAGUUGUUUCGGUUAUAAAUAUAUUCCUUGGUCUGAUAUGAUUUACUCCAACUAAUAUACUUUACUGUACUCACCACGCAACUUGAAAAACAAAAUUAAAUCAGGAAAGGUGAUCGUCCGAAUAAUGGAAGAAUCAGCAAUGGAGCUUGAUCUGCCAGGCUUCCGCUUCCAUCCAACAGAAGAAGAGCUUCUUGAAUUUUACCUCAAAAAUAAGGUCUUAGGUAGGAAAUUGCGAUGCGAUGUAAUUGGUCUUCUCAACAUUUAUAGUCAUGAUCCUUGGGACCUGCCAGGGCUGGCGACUAUUGGCGAGAGAGAAUGGUACUUUUUUGUGCCAAGGUAUAGAAAACAUGGCAGUGGAGGGCGCCCUAACAGGACUACUCAAAAGGGAUUUUGGAAGGCAACUGGUUCUGAUAAAAAGAUUUUUGGUUUAUCACAUCCUAGGAAUAUAAUUGGCCUCAAGAAGACACUGGUUUUCUAUACUGGCAGAGCGCCUCGAGGCUCUAAGACAGAUUGGGUCAUGAAUGAGUUUCGUUUACCUGAUCCUUUCUCGUCACCUCAGGACAUAGUGUUGUGCAAAAUAUACAGGAAAGCGACCUCUUUAAAGGUGUUGGAGCAGAGGGCUGCAAUUGAAGAAGAAAUAAAGACCGCAAAGCAUGUAGAUGUAUCUCCUUGUUCAAUUACCCAGCCCAUAGACACCGUGUCAUUUUGCAACGAACAUCAUGAACUAAUGGCCACGUCAAUAACUUAUCAGAGCCACGGGUUCUUGAUGUCAAUCGCCAAGGAUGAAGUAGAAGAGGAUAUUUUAUCAGUUACUGAGAACAACCAAUACGAAGUAUCAGGAGAAGUCAAAGGCGAGAGUAAUUACUUCAGGCCAAAAUUACUGAAUGGGCAAGACAACCUGGCUGAGUUGCACGUCCCUAAAUUCAGCAUGGACUUUAGUCAAGACCCUGUUUGGAUGCAAUUGCGUAGUCCUUGGCUUGAUAAUUUCAGUUUGACACCUUCAGCAUUUGUGCAUAACUUUUAGGCAGAUAAAUUUGAAUGGUUAAUUAAUCAGUAGUCAGUUUUAAUCAAACUUGACUUAGUAUUCUUAACCAUCAUUUCCACUUCCCAGGGAUUUUUUCAAGAAUAAUAGUGAUAUGCUCACAGCCAACACCUAACCAGCUGACCGCCUAAGGUCUUUGUUCAUGGUAACCUUAAUGGUUCCCUAUGUAGUAUUUUUUCUUUUUUUCCCAAGUAGCGGUAUAAUAUCUUGGUUGAUAAAUUCUGGGUAUUGAAAGUCGAGCUUUAACGUAAAUUUUCAAAUGGUAAAUUCUAAUUUGUACA